UAACUAAAUCAUCAUAUCAUAGUCAGAGUGAAGAGUGCCCCUCACAGUACCCCAGAGCAAGAGGUGGUGUCUUCAAAUGCCUUGUUUUGUCUGAUCAACAAUCCGAAACACAAAGAAUUUAACUUAUUAAUAUUCACAUGUGAGAAGCUAUAACUAUAUCACUUUUACAUGUUUUUCUUCCACAAUGACGAAGCAUAUUAACGCUGAUCAAAGUGCUUGCUGGUCAUUUUUGUUUCUAUUCACUAAUCAAUGUUGAGUUUCAAGACAGAUUCUGAUUCAAUAGUUAUGAUCUCUCACGUAACCCAACUACACAGCGUACACUAACUUAAGCCAAUUAACAGACAUUUCAACGAUGUGUUUGUCAGAGGACUGGUGCCAUUUGUAGCACUGCGGGCAGGUUGUUGGCCUCCAGAAGUGCUGCUUGCAGUAUUGUAGAGAACUGUUUCACUGCUUGCACCUGCCAAUUGUGAAGUUGAUUGGAUGAUUUGUUCCCAAAAGUUGCAAAGGACAGUCAUAUACACACCUACAGACAAACAGACUACCCACUGUUCAUCCAUCUGCAGCUCUGACCAUCACAAACACCGUGUUGGGGCUUUAAGGAGUGCUUGGUUGUGUUUAGCGGCCUUGCAGCUGCGUACCUGUCCUCAUACUGAUGCAGCAGGUUCUAAAUACGUUUUGAAAGUUACAGAUAUGCAUUGGAGGCAACAAUGAAUCCUCUGGUGCUUCUAUAUGAAGGCCAGUGGAAAAAGCAUUGGCUCUGCCAGUCGAAGUUAGUGUUAAUGAUGCGUCAGUCUAAUGUCAGCGUUGUGUCCCAGCAGGGAUGUGUGAAGCAGUGGAGGAGGACCUGUACGCUGUCCUGGGAGCCAGCCCCUCAGACUCAGUCCAGCAGCUCAGACACAGGUACCAGCAGCUGGCCUUACAGUACCACCCAGACCGCCUCGGAGGGGGGAGUUCUUCAGAAGCAGAGUCUGGAGUGAAGAAGUUUCUAGAAGCUGAUGCAGCCUGGAGGAUCCUCAGUGACCAGAGCACCAGACGACAGUAUGACCUGCAGAGGAGAGCACGGGAACUGAAGCAGGAUUGGCCAGUGGAUUCUACUGUCUAUCUGGAGGACAUGACUUGGGAACAGGAUGAGCGUGUGUACACGUACAGCUGUCGCUGUGGGGGAGGAUUCAACAUCUCGGAGGAGGAGGUGGGGGAGGAGACACAGAGGAGGCGGCAGGACGAUGAAGAGGAGGAAACAGAGGAGGAAGAGCACAGCGGAGUGGUUGUCUGCUGCGACACAUGUUCCCUCAGUGUGUGCGUCACAUGGUCAUUACAUGGAAACACUCAAAGGUUUGAACCUAUGACACUGCCGAGCCUGAAUACCAAAUACUAACAUGAGCCUUCAAAGCAUACUGUUGGCUUCUCUCAUCAUCUCCAUCAGUUCUGAAGCAAGGCAGCAAUCAAACAGCUCACUGGCUGACUCACUGAGAACAGUCAUCCAUCUCAUGUGAUUCUUUGAGCAGGAGAUGUUCCGAUACUGAUACAGAAUCAGAAAUAUCUUAUAGUCUAAAAGAAAUAGAAACAGCCUAUCAUGCUGGGUCGGGUAUCGUGGAUAUGUCUGAUAAGUCUGUGCACGAUCUUAUGUCACAGUAUCGUGUCAUUUUCUGCUUAUUUCUGCUACACAGGAACAAAAACAACACGCAUCACUUGCUAACCAAUCUGUACAUCCUGCCCGGUCGCUACUGCACAUGUGCAAACUAUUAUUACACACCUGUGCUUAAACACUCUAGUGCAUCCUGUUCCUAAUUAUGCCACAUAGUGAUCAACAAAUCAGCAGUAGGAGAGCUAGCUGUUAGCUGUUAGCAGCCAGUGGGCUAAAUAACGGAGCUAACAGCUAACGUGAGGAGGUUGCAUUGAGUUACAUUAAGAUGCGUUCAAGCUCUGUUCAGUAAAAAGUUGUACACGGUGAAAGUUUAGAACAUAACAUUAUCAUGAUGUAAUCUUGUAAACAGUUCUCUUCUGUAGAAAAACUUGAAUAAAUCCAUUUUAUAGGAGAUGUUUUCACUGCAAUAUAAAACAUUACAAAUCAUUGGCUAAGUGCUCAUUCCAUACUUUCAGUUCAAUUUAGAUUUCCUCUUUUGCUCUCAGUUUACCAAAGUGAAUUUGAAAUGCUCUUUCUUUGAAGUGUAUUGUUUUAUCUUAUCAAAUGAUUUGAUUGUAUAGUUUGUAAUGUUUAGGCAUUUAAAAGCAUACAAUUAGGUUGUGAUAAAUACAAAAUCAAUAAAAUAUAUAUUUUUUCUGUUGGUGCCUCUGACAUAAACUGUGUGUAUGUAGAGUUAACCUUUGAACAGUGUUGGUCACGGUCCAGCUUACUGGGAGUAAGAUAUGCUUCUGCAGGUUUGGGCUCAAGGACUUUCAGACUCCACAUUAUGCUCAAUCCAAUCCAGCUGACUCAGUCAUUCAGAACGGGGCUCAAGCAGUCUAUGCAUUUUCUCCACAUACCUAUAACAUGAAGUAAAGAGUGUCACCAUCUGUAUGUGUGUCUGUCCAGGCACAUUCAUUACAGUGCAGUCAUUGCUGUUGUAACAGGUUUAGGUUUUGUUUGAGGGUCUACCAAUCAAUAGCUAAGGGAAGCCCUCUUAUUGUCACGUGAACACAGCGACAUGUACACGUGGGACAUGUUGUCUGCUUAAAGUUAAUCUAAAAUUAAAUGUAACUGCUUAGCUGUACGGCCCAAAUUUCGUGCAACAGACUUCUCCUGUACCCGUCAGCAUCAGUCCUCAGGCUCUCAGCAGUACUUCCAGCGGUGUGGAUGGAGGUUGUCAGGAGGACCAGUGGGGACCAGCGUGGGGGUUUGUUCUGAGGUAAUGUGAUGCCGAAGCAGAGUGAUGGACCGUUCCCUGGAGGGUGUACCUGUGAGGAUGAGGGGCGUCUGUACACUCUGGGGUCCUCGCUACAUGUCUGGACCUGCCUGAUAGGCAUCAUGCCGCUCGGCAUACCUGAUGCUCAUCAACCGCAUCACACGGAUAACCAGCAGCUACCGACACCAAAGAACAGGCAGAGCACAUAUGGAUACAUAUCUACUCUGCUUCUCUUUCACUGCACUUGUCUCGAUUACAAAUCACUCUGAAAAUGAGAUGAAAUCUUUUAUUGUGAAAGAUCUUAACAUGGUAUCAUGCAUUGUGCUGAGGCAGCAUGAGGUGAAUUAUUCAGGUGAAUCAUGUACAUUCUGGCCUUUUGAAAGCAUAUUGGAUUUUUUUUUCAAAUUACAAGACAUCUUCCACUUAUUUUUCCUCAACUCCCCCUUUACCUACAGACGGUUGUGAUUGUGGGAGGAAACCACGCUAGA